UGAACCACCACCGUAGAAGCAAAAAUGGCAGCUCACAGGUACCGCUACUCGGCUAUGCUGCUCAUUCUUUACAAUUUGUCGGUUUUUAUCAUCGCAGACAGCCAAGACUCGACACUGCCUGGUGGUCACCAUGCCGCCGCGGUUGAUAAUCCGCAAACGGCCACAGAGACAGCGGGACAAACGGCCAAGCAGCCCGCGGUGGAGGAGAGGCGGUGGGAAGCCACUGAGGUUGUAGAUGAUGCUGCAACCGACGAACAGGACAAUUCUGGUCCUGAACCCGCGUUCACCUCCUCGAUACCUCAACAUAAAGACGAUUUCCAGGAGGAGCUGGUCAUCAGGCCGCUGCACUCAGGAGAUAUUUACGCCAGCUUCCAGUUCCGCACCCUGUGGGAGACUGACUUCAUGAGGGGAAAUAAAGUGUCCCACUACCGGCUCUUUCCCAAGUCCCUGGGCCAGGUCAUCUCCAAGUUCUCAGUGCGAGAGCUGCACAUCUCCUUCACACAGGGCUACUGGAGGACCAUGCAGUGGGGGCAGCCCUUUCUGCCGUCCCCUCCUGGUGCUGAACUCUGGGUCUGGUUCCAGGAUUCUGUAACAGAUGUGGAUGGCACGUGGAAGGAGCUGACAAAUGUUUUGUCGGGGAUCUUCUGCGCUUCACUGAACUUCAUUGACUCCACCAACACUGUUCAGCCCAGUGCAUCCUUCAAACCGCUGGGUAUCAGCAACGUGACGGAUCACCGCUUCCUUCGCUAUGCCACCCUCCCACGAGAGAUUGUUUGCACUGAGAAUUUGACACCCUGGAAGAAACUCUUGCCAUGUGGAUCCAAGGCUGGUCUCGCUGUGCUGUUGAAGUCAGAGAAACUCUUCCACAGUAGUUUUCAUUCUCAGGCAGUGCACAUAAGACCCGUGUGUCAGGACUGGCAGUGCAAAACCACAUCCUGGGAGCUGAGACAGACACUGAACGUGGUCUUUGACCUGCACACCCCCGGUCAGGGCAAACGAGAGUGGUCUCUGUUCAAGAUGUUCUCUCGGACCCUGACAGAAGCUUGUCCACUGGCCUCCUCCAGUAAAAUCUACAUCGACAUCACAGACAACCCUCAGGGGGAGCAGUUUGAGCUGAGCCCGGCCACUCCCCUGCUGAGCCAGGCAGUGGUGCUCGGGGACAGACGAACCUUCUCUGUCUACGAUCUGACCCAACAAGUCACCUUUGGCACCGUGCGCUCGCUCAACCUGCUGAUACGCUGGAAAUCCAGUGAGGGUGACAUGCUGCGUCCCCUGCUCCACGCUGAGCGCUAUGUGGCUGGCUAUGGGCUGCAGACAGGAGAGAUUCACACGCUCAUGUACAACAACCACCCCUACAGGUCUUUCCCCGUGCUGCUGCUGGACUCGGUGCCUUGGUACCUUCGUCUCUACAUCCACACCCUCACUGUGACCAGCAAGGCGAAGGACAACAAGCCCAGCUACAUCCACUACCAGCCGUCUAAGGACCGUGUGAGGCCCCACCUGCUGGAGAUGCUGGUCCAGCUGCCUCCCAACUCCAUCACUGAGGUCACAGUGCAGUUUGAGAGGGCUCUGCUCAAGUGGACCGAAUACACUCCUGAUCCCAACCACGGCUUCUAUGUCGGGUCUUCAGUAAUCAGCUCUCUUGUACCAAGCAUUGUCGCCAUGGAUACAAACAGCACUCAGGAACGGCCACUUUUCAGCAGCUUUUUUCCCUGUAAAGAGGAAUCCACCUACUUUGUGCGAGUCUACACAGAGCCUCUGCUGGUCAACCUGCCAACCCCAGACUUCAGCAUGCCUUACAAUGUCAUCUGCCUGACCUGCACUGUGGUGGCUGUGGGUUACGGCUCCCUCUACAACCUACUGACCCGCAGCUUCCAGAUAGAAGAGCCCAGCCCGGGACUGGCCAAGCGGAUAGCCAACAUCAUCCGCAAGAUGAGGGGCGUGCCACCACUCUGAGGCUGGACACACACGCCAACUGGCUCCACUUAUAGAAAGGAAGCUUUCCUUUUGGUGAAACCACUGGUAAACAUGUGAUAUUCAGGGAAGAACUGAGUCAAGCACUGGUAUGAAUGUUUUUUUUUUUUGAAACGGUCAACUUGAAGGUUUUGUUUUCAGAUGGAAGAAGACACAUUGUUCUUUUGAACACAAAUGUAUUCAGGAUCCUCUCCUGCUGGUGAAGGGUGAGAAAUAUGGAAAUGUCUCUACUUGGAUGUAAAGAAAAGGACCAGAUCUGUGCAGCGUGUUGCUAUGGUAACUGCAUCAGAGUUUUGAUUGUUUUUGUUUUUUAUAUUUGAGGCCAUAACUCCACAACAUCAUGAUGCAGCCACAGUGUCUCUGAGACACUUAGUUACUUUGUUAAUGAUGUUUCUACAGAUAUGAGACUGAUGGUCUUACACAGCAUUACAAAAGGAUAGCAAAAGGAUAAUCUCCUGAUCAGUUAGGACAGGUUGUCAAAUAACUCUGAAAAUACUGAGUUUCCCAUGUCCAACCAGAACACAGCAGCUAAGUCUAACUGUGGGACAUCCAGUGGUAUGUCCUCUAUUUAUACAGUUCCUAAUUUAUUUGUCUUAUCUGACACAUGCUCUGUAGUAGUUUUAAUAUAUGAGAAAAGAAAACUCAUAAAAAUACCAAAUCCGUCAUUCUUUUAAAUUUGUUCUAGGCAGCAUUUCUCACCUGGAACUGCUUGUUCUAUAAAAAGGAAAAGCCCUCUUAUCAAAAGUUUAUUUUGCACUUGUUUGUUGGAUGCAUGCUCGAAUGUUAACAGACUUCACCCACAAACUGAUGAUUUGUAUUUCAACUGGUCAACACUUUGUGUUUUUUGCAUGCCUCCACAGCGAACAGCUAACAUUCUUCAUGAAUUGAAGUAAACGGGGACUACGUUUAACAUCAGCAAAACUAUACAAAAAUAUCUGUGUACAAAGUCUCACAUAACUCGUGCAAUAUAGUCCAAGUCUCAUUUUUUUCAGUCGUUUUCUCAGUACUUCUCAAACACAUGCAUUUUCCCCUAGAAAAACCUUAAGAUUUAAAACACUUUUGCCUACGAGUAGUGCACCCUGAGUGUGCCUGAGCACAUUCAUACAAAUGAGCUCUGCUUGAGCAAAGUUCAAAGACACAUGUGUGCCCAGAUACACUACUCAGCCAUGCAAGCGACUGUUUUUACUGACGUGUUUUAAGCUAUAAGGUUUUAGCUAUGUGCAUGUGUUUGGGAAGUACGGUGCAAUUGUACUGCAUGGGUUUUGUGAGAGUUCGUAAACAGAUAUGAUAUAGUUUUGCUUUUGUUAAAUGUGCUCUCUGUUUACUUCAAUUUAUGAAGAAUGCCUUUUUGGAUUCUCUGUUCACUGUGAACACAUGAGAGAAAAACAGUUUGCUUCACGAAUUUAACGAAACGCACAGAGUAAUUGAUACACUAAUUCUAACUCAUUUUGCAGGUGGCUUAUUCUUUUAAACGCGAUUUUCAGCAGGUCUCUUCAUAGCUAAUUGCCUUCAGUUUGUUGGGUUGUAAACUCACUUAUCAGUUCAAUGCAGUUUCAGUGUGUCUUAUUCAUAGCAAAUUGAAGUCUGUUAUUAUGGAAUUACCAUCACCCUACCAGUAAAUACUACCAUUCAUUUGUUUGUUGAACUUUUUACCCAGAUCAAUCCUUUGUCAUGUUUGUCUGCCUAAAAGUCCACUCUGCAGAAUGUGAAUAUUUGAAGCGGUACGGUGUGUGUGUCGCAAAACCUGUGUGUCUUUAACGCCUUUUCAAUAAACUAACAAACAUC